CGCGCCUAGGUGCAGGAGAAACAGCUUAGCCAACAUAUUUUCUAUGUAACAACACUGCCGUGUAACACAUUCCUGCUGCCAAACUGUACUGUAAUCUUACGUUCAAUCUCCCUUUGCCUUCCUCUCUCUCCUCCUCCAAUUCUUGAGCCCUCUAUAGAUACGUACUUAAAGAGAAGUGACUCAUCACUUUUGAUAAACCAAAGUGCACGUAAUUUUUUUUUUUUUUUUUUUUUUGUGGUACCCAGACUUCCUGUUGAGGUCAAGGCUUAUAGUGCACACGCUCAACCUGACGACUUGACUAAUUUAGUUUUGUCAGGAUCUGCUAUGAGGUGAAUUCCAGGCUGAGUUUCUUGCUGAGUACAGACCUGGACUUCCUGCUGUACGCUGAUUCAACCAGGUGGCGACCGACAAGGUUGCAGGCAAGCUGAGUUCUACUCUCUCAUGGGUGAAGAACUCGGUGUCGCACACGGUCAGUCAGAUGGCUAGCCAGGUGGCCGCACCUACAUCCCUGCAGACCACUGCUACCUCGUCCUCCACGUCACUUUCCUCUCCUGCCCUUUCGCCGUCCUCACCUGCCCAGCUCAGUCCUGAUGAUGUGGAGCUGCUCGCCAAGCUUGAGGAGCAGAACAGGCUGCUGGAGACGGACAGUAAAUCCCUGCGUUCAGUGAAUGGCUCCAGGAGGAACAGUGGCUCCUCCCUGGUGUCCAGCUCUUCCGCCUCCUCCAACCUCUCCCACCUGGAAGAGGACUCUUGGAUCCUCUGGGGACGUAUCGUCAAUGAGUGGGAGGAGGUGCGCAAGAAGAAGGAGAAGCAGCUUAAGGAUCUCGUCAGAAAAGGGAUUCCUCACCACUUUCGGGCAAUAGUGUGGCAGCUGCUGUGCAAUGCUCAGAAUAUGCCCAUCAAAGAUCAAUACUCAGAGCUCCUGAAGAUGACUUCACCCUGCGAGAAGCUGAUUCGCAGGGACAUAGCGCGCACUUAUCCCGAGCAUGAAUUCUUCAAGGAGAAGGACAGUUUGGGUCAGGAAGUGCUCUUCAAUGUCAUGAAGGCCUAUUCUCUGGUAGACCGGGAGGUCGGCUAUUGUCAAGGAAGUGCAUUCAUUGUAGGACUACUACUUAUGCAGAUGCCAGAAGAGGAAGCAUUCUGUGUGUUUGUGAAGUUGAUGCAAGACUACAGAUUACGAGAACUCUUCAAACCUAGUAUGGCUGAACUGGGACUCUGCAUGUACCAGUUUGAGUGUAUGAUCCAGGAGCAUCUCCCGGAGCUGCAUAUGCAUUUCCAGGCCCAGAGCUUUCACACCUCCAUGUAUGCCUCUUCCUGGUUUCUCACCAUCUUCCUCACCUCCUUCCCUCUGCCUGUUGCCACAAGGAUCUUUGAUAUUUUCAUGUGUGAGGGUCUGGAGAUUGUUUUCCGUGUCGGACUGGCCAUCCUCCAGAUGAACCAAGCAGAACUCAUACAACUCGACAUGGAGGGAAUGUUACAGCACUUUCAGAAGGUCAUCCCACACCAACUGGACAGCGGGCCAGACAAGGUCAUCCAGGCUGCUUAUCAAGUUAAAUACAAUGCCAAAAAGAUGAAGAAGUUAGAAAAGGAAUACACUACAAUUAAAACUAAAGAGAUGGAGGAACAGGUGGAGAUUAAGCGGCUGCGAACAGAGAACAGACUCCUAAAGCAGAGGAUAGACACGCUAGAGAAAGAAAGUGCUUCCUUGGCAGAUAGAUUGAUACAGGGACAAGUCACUCGCGCCCAGGAGGCAGAGGAGAACUACCUGGUCAAGCGGGAGCUGGCCACAGUCAAACAGCAGAGCGAGGAGGCCAGUGCUCAGCUCGAGCAGGCCCAGAAAACCAUCAGGCAGCUCCAGCAGCAGCAGCAGCCACAAGCGAAGGGAAACCCACGCUACUCUGAGGAGUCCAUCCUGCAGUUAGAGAGAGAGCUAGUGCAGGCCAGGCUCAAGGAGGCAGAGUCUCAGUGUGCACUCAAAGACAUGCAGGACAAGAUCCUGGAGAUGGAAAAGAGAAACACAUCGUUACCAGAUGACAACAAUGUUGUCCGUCUUCAAGAGGAGUUGAUAGGGGUAAAGCUGAGAGAGGCAGAGGCGCUGACCGGCCUGAAGGAGCUGAGACAGCAGGUCCGAGACCUUGAGGAGCACUGGCAGCGUCACUUGGCACGAACUGCGGGACGCUGGAAGGACAGUCCUAGGAAGAAUGCCGUCAGCGAGCUGCAGGAUGAACUGAUGAGUGUGAGGUUGCGUGAGGCUGAAGCCCAGGCCGAACUCCGAGAAACACGUCAGAGGAUGCUGGAGCUGGAGACACAGAAUCAGAUUCAUAGCAACCAGCUGCGACGGGCGGAGCAGGAUGGGCGAUGUCUCCAGGAACGUGUGCAAAUGCUGACAACACAAAAUAAAGAUCUACAUGGGCAACUGCAAGAGAUCAAGAGGAAGCAAGCUGAGAUUGAGUGCAAGAGUAAGGAGGAGGUGAUGGCAGUAAGGCUGCGUGAAGCUGACAAUAUCGCUGCAAUGGCUGAACUCCAGCAGCAGAUUUCUGAGCUUGAGAUCCAGAUGUCUUCACUGAGGAAGAAAGAAGAAGGGAAGGUCCAAGGCCAGCUGAACCAUACAGAUUCAAGCCAGUACAUUCGCGACCUGAAAGACCAGAUAGCAGAGCUCAAACAUGAGAUUUGCUGCUUAAAAGGACAGAGGGGCUUACCCAGCCAGCCCAAUUUUGAUGGGAUCCACAUCGUCAAUCACUACGUGGGGGAUGACGAGUCUUACCACUCUUCAGAUGAAGAUGCAAUCAAGCACCCCAACCUCCUGGACACCCAACAGAGGGGCAGCAGCGGCCGCAUCCGACUGCAUCCCAACCUCGCAGACACUGACAGUGAAGGAGAGGAGGACGGGGAGGCCCUGCGGCUCUCUGUAGCCUCCAACGGCAGCCACAAGUCCACCACCGUGUGACUUUGAUCCGCUGCCUGCCAGAGUCAGGACGGAGGCUGCUAUCGCUCGCUGCGGAAGAGGGGUGUUCCUGGUAGCCAUUGCAGCGCAGAAUUAUGGCUCUUGAACUCUGAAAAUCAACAUGGAAUGCAUCAUCAUUUCAUAUCAUGAGAGGACUACAUUCACAGAGUUGGUCAUCUUUGUGUUUGCUUCUUUUUUUGUUUUUGUUCUUUUUUUUUUUUUUGAGGGCAAACAUCUGUUUGAGUACCACUGACAGCUGACAGUACAUCAUUCUGGACCCCUAGCAGAGAACAACAAUGAUUAGAUUGUAGUGCUUAUCAAACUGGACUGGGCCAAAUGACGACAGUGGGUGUCAUCCCAUCUGGGCAGGGAACUAACUACCAAAUGUCUGGCACUCCUCUAACCCCACCCAGCUAGGUACAACACAGAGAAAGAGACUGUGCAAUAAAAUGUUUUAUGCUAAAUGACACACUUCAUUUAAUGUGUUUUUAUAUUUUUAAUCUUUUUUUAAACGAACAUCAGAAAUGUAUAGAUCCACUACUAAGUGUCCACAACGAUGAGGGAAAAAUGAUAUGAGUGGUAUGUAUCUCUUUAUUGUUAUGAUGAGCUUGGUGAAGAGCCCAGUAUCAAAAAACCCUUCUAUCAACCAACAUUGACUUGAGAUGAUGUUGACUUUUGGCCUUAGCAUAUGCCAUAUGCCUUCCACCAGGGCUGGUGCAUCAGAAGGUCAAGGUGAUGUCUGAAUACUUGUAUAUAUGUAAAUGUUUUUGUUUUGUUUCGUUUUCAAUUCCUUUAGGACUUGAAAAUGUGUAUCUAAUUAAUUAUUGCAUAUCUAAUGUUCAGAAUAUAUUAUACAAGUCAGACAAAAGGGACAAUACUAGUUUAAUUUGGUCUCACAAAUUACAGAUCCUACUUUUCUUGAAAGUGUUUGUGGCUACUGAGUUGAAUGCCCGUUAACAGAAAAAUGGACAUUGUCUCCCUUCAUCAGAUGACUUUAAUUUGCUGUUUCAUAAGCAUGUUGCUAGUCAGAAUGAAUCGUCGCAGAUAAGGUGGGCUGAUUUCUAUGUACUGUUGCCUUUACUGAGUUUUCUCAAGGCAUCCCAACCUUACCUUCAGUAUAUUGGCCCCAUUGAAAGUCAGUUAAGCACAAGGUAAAUACUUUGUUCUGAUGGGACAAAUAACGUUAAUUAUGUGUUUGUUAGCUCAUACCUUUGCACGGACAUGGAUGGCAGUCCAAGGGAAUGUUUACUGGGAGAUAAUGUUGAGAUAAACCAACAUAGGACACUUUGAGCUCAAUUUAGAGGGGAAUCGAGUGAUUGGAGGUUAUGUUGUCCAAGUGAUUCAUUGGGCAUUUUGUCAAGUGUUACCAAAGUAAGCACUUUAAUGUGCUCAUCUAUAGGCCAGCUCCACUCCGAUUUCUGAGAAUGUCCUAAUUGAACACUAAGCCAACACUUCAGUUUUCAGUGAAGACCAAGUGGAAGUGAAUGCAUUACAUUGGAACCACAGCCUGUCAGAUUAUCAUAUACUCUCAUCUCGCGGAAAAACAGAAAAUAUCAUUAUUUGGGAUCGGAGAUGAUAACAUCCCUUUGAUGAGAACAAAAUCCUGUGUAGCUCUUUGGGAGAGGAAAAAGUUAUGGCACUUUUGAGUGUGCAGUGCGCUAUGGACACACAUGGCAACACUAUGGAGCAGUCAGCACACUCUGGAAACUUAAUGAGAUUGUUGUGUGUGAUGAGUUCACAAUAAACUGAUAAACCUACA